AUGCCUCGUGCCAUCCUGCAGCACCUGGCUUGGGGCUGUCUUGGACUUGCACUUUUCAGGGUCACAGCUGUGCGAGAUGACCUGCCUGAAUGGAGUGACUCCGUUGAUGCUCACUUGAGCACCUUGCCAUCUGCGCACCCACAGCCGGGUUGGGCACUCCUGCUGGACAGAAGGGAGCCCAACCAAGAGUUGCAUCUUCCAGGGCCACAUGUCUCGGCUCGGAAAGGCAACGCUGCAGAACUGAAUUCUGACCGAGUUGCAGCUGGCGUGGGCAGCAUAUCAGUUGGACCUUUCGAGGGAAGCUCCUCCAUGCAAAGGUUGAGUCGAAUUGACCGAGUCAGUCCAGCUGAGGGCGCACAGGCGAGCCAAUCAAAGUCAAAGACGUCCAAGCAACAGGAGACGGAAGAAGAGAAACUGAGAAACACAGAAACUUCGUCGGGUUCCUCUAGGCAUGCGGAUUUGGCGCAAGCUGUUCAGAAAGCCGGUUCUUCCAGGCGCAAGCAGCAAAAUCAGACCUCAGACGGGCUGGGGAAUGGCUCCGAGCCACAUCCAGGUAGAAGCCAUGAUGAGGCAAAAUAUGCGUACAAAAAGACCACGGAUGACAUGGAAGGAUUGCCAGAUGUAGUGGAAGCUAUGGAUGCUACCAAAGACUCUGCAGCCAAGAAAGCGUUAGCUGUCGACAAGGCUUUUGGAAAGCAGCAAGAGAAGGUGAAGGAGCUAGGAAUUGUGCUUGAUCAUCUUGCGGUGUCAGCUAAGAAAUAUGAGACGAGCGUUGUAGAUUUCUUUGCAAAGCAAGAGGACAAUGAUAAGUUUUCACCACUCGCGAAGCGCAUGUGA